AUGGCGGGCUUGCAGUUCGCGACGUUCUCGUCGCAGAUCGAGUUGCCCUUCUACACAUCGCUCUUCGCCUCCAAGCUCGACCAUGACAAGCUCGACGACUCAGCCCGCUACGUGCUGGGACUUUACGAGGCCAAGGGCGAGAAGGACCCGACGGAGAGCACCAGGAUGCAGCUCUUUGCCAACGCGCUCACGAGCAACACAGUGCCCUUGCACAUGCAGCGCGCAGAGGGUAUAAUUCGAAACUUCAAUACGAUCGAGGACUUCAAGCAGGCAGAUAAGGCUGCGAUACUCCAGACAGCCGGUCGGCAGAUCUGGGAUGCGAUCAAGGACGGCACAAUUUACGAAAUCCCCUCUCUACUCUCCUCCUUCAACAUCAUCUCCUUUGCCGACCUCAAGAAGUACAAGUUCACCUACUGGGUUGCCUACCCGGCGCUGCACUCGGACCCGCAGUGGAAGCGCGUUGGAGACAUCGGCAAGCUCACCCUUGCCGAGAGCGGAAAGCUCAACGAGCAAUACACAACCUUCCGCUAUGCCAACGACGUCAGGCAGCGCGGAUUCUUCCUCGCCAAGAAGGUGUCCAAGGCCGAGCUGGCCAAGCAGAAGGAGGCGGCCAAGCGGGCCAAAAGGUCAGACGAGGAAGACGAUGAUGAGUCACGGUAUCAUGAUGACGAUGGUGACGACGACGACGGUGGUUUCGAGGACGAUGAUGAUGAUGGACUUGAUUUCAAAUGGGUCGUUGGGUGCCUGCGCGACUUCGAGAAGGGAUUCUUUGACGGGGUAGAGGAGAAGGACCGCUUUGUGGGGUUUGUCGAUUCGUCAAGCUACCCAGAGAACCCAUCAUGGCCCCUACGCAACUUGCUGGUCCUCAUCCGGCAGAGGUUUCACAUGACCAAGGUUCAGAUUCUGUGCUACAGGGACACACGGGAGACCAGGCACGAGUCACGCAGCAUCAUCCUGCCUCUGGCUAUGGAGGAUGUUGACGAGCUGGAGAUCUCGACGAUGCCCAAGAUCACGGGAUGGGAAAGGAAUGCAGCUGGCAAGCUGGCGGCGAGGGUCGUCAACCUGGGCGAAUACAUGGAUCCGAACCGGCUGGCCGACCAGGCCGUAGACCUGAACCUCAAGCUGAUGAAGUGGCGGCUUACACCCACGCUCGACCUGGACGUUAUCAAGAACACCCGCUGCCUGCUUCUGGGUUCGGGAACCCUCGGUAGCUACGUCUCCAGAAACCUCAUGGGGUGGGGUGUACGCAAGAUCACCUUUGUCGAUAACGGCUCGGUCUCGUUCUCGAAUCCCGUGCGCCAACCGCUUUUUGAGUUCAAGGACUGCCUCAAGGGCGGUGCUCCCAAGGCGCUGCGCGCCGCAGAGGCGCUUCAGCAAAUUUUCCCUGGCGUCGAAUCCGAGGGCCACGUCCUCUCGGUACCCAUGCUCGGUCACCCGAUCGUGGAUGAGGCCAAGACGAAGAAGGACUUUGAGAAGCUAGAGGAGCUCAUGGACGAUCACGAUGUCAUCUUCCUGUUGAUGGACACCCGGGAGUCACGGUGGCUGCCUACAGUCAUGGGCAAGGCCAAGGGCAAGAUCGUGAUGAACGCCGCGCUUGGCUUCGAUACUUUUGUCGUCAUGCGGCAUGGCGCCGCGCCAAAGGACGGCAGCGAGGACACCCUGGGCUGCUACUUCUGUAACGAUGUAGUAGCGCCAGCAGACUCUGUCAAGGACCAGACUCUGGACCAGCAGUGCACAGUCACUCGCCCCGGCGUCGCAACCAUCGCAUCCGCGCUCCUGGUUGAGCUCAUGACGAGCAUUCUCCAACACCCGCAGAAGCACUAUGCCGCGGCGCCCGUCGCCAAGGCCGACUCUUCGUUCGAGCGCGACCCAGAGGACCAUGCGCUCGGCAUCGUGCCUCACCAGAUCCGGGGGUUCCUCGCCAACUUCCAUAACAUGCUGAUCCGCGGCCAGUCGUACCCCAACUGCAGCGCCUGUAGCAAGCCCAUCCUCGACGCCUUCAAGCAGGACAGCUGGGGCUUUGUCAAGAGGGCCCUCGAGAACCGCGACUACGUCGCCGAGGUGUCGGGACUGAAGGAGAUCCAGGAGAGGGCCGAGGCCAUGGCUGCGGACCUGGAGUGGAGCGAGGAGGAGGGGACUUCUGAUGGGGAGGCGGUGGUACUUUGA